CGAGUCAUUCUAGUAGAAAUCAUAUUUCUGGCUGUUUAAUUAGAUUUAAAAUAUUGUUCUAAUAAAAAAACAUUACAAUUGUAAUCUUAAGAUGAAGACUAUUACACUUUCUGUUGUAGUAAUUUUGUUGGCGGUUUUCAUGACGGUGAAUGCUGACGAUAAUGCAGAAAUGGCAGCAAAGCUUAAGAAGAUAUUUGAAAAAGUAGUAAGCGCGUGUAAAGACAAAAUCACUCCCGUAAACUUUGUUAAGAUGAUGCAAAAUCCUGCUGCCAUGAGUUCGAACAGCGAGCUUAAUUGUUUUAAAGCUUGCGCUGCAACCCAUAUAGAACUCAUGAAAGAUGGUAAACUUCAAAUAGAGAAAUUUGAAGAACAUAUUAAUUCAUUCUUAGGAGAUGACAAGAAAGAAAUGGCAAAAUCAAUGAUUGAUGCUACAAAAUCGUGCGUCGAGGAGGCUAACCAGAGCGAAAAUGAAUGUGAUGUAGCAGGUAAAUUUGAGGAAUGCAUGAAGAAAUUUAAUAUGCCUCAAUUAUAAAAAAAAAUCAAAAUAUGCAGUUUUAUAUACUGAUGAAUAGAUUUAUUUCGACUAAUGAAUUUUAUGGACUCGAAAACUGAAGAAUUAACUUUUAAUUUUACGUUAUAUUAUUUGAAAUAUUUGGUCAACAAUACACGUAAAAUUUCAAAGCUAUUUUUACUAUUGUUAUAUUAUUAACACUGUAAUGGUAUGAUAAAUAAAGUAUAAGAUUUAAAA